CGUGGUGUGUGUUAUAACGAAGCUAUACAGCUGGAAGGCUCGUCUCACAAGAUUUGUCCAAGUUUCUCUCGAUUCCUUUUUUUUAACUUCAACAGAGACUGGCAGCAAAGUUUAUACGGCGACGAAUGGCAGAAUGGCACAAGAAAAACUAAAGAAGGAAGAAACCCUCGCAAUGAGGAAGAAGUUGAUCGGACAAUCAUGCAAACUGUUUUACUCAGAGGACCCCGUGAAAAUACUCAGAGCCAGGGGACAAUAUCUGUUCGAUGAAAACGGCAAGCGGUAUUUGGAUUGCAUCAGUAACGUCCACCAUGUGGGUCAUUGCCAUCCCAGUAUUACAAAGGCUGCAGCAGCACAAAUGGACCUCCUGAACACCAACACCAGAUUCCUGCAUGACAACGUGGUCUUAUAUGCAGAUCGCCUGGCUUCCACCCUGCCCGAGAAACUGUGUGUCUUCUAUUUUGUGAACUCUGGUUCAGAGGCCAAUGACCUUGCGUUGCGUUUGGCACAGCAGUACACCCAGCAUCGGGACGUCAUUGUGCUUGAUCAUGCAUACCAUGGGCAUCUAAUGUCCCUCAUCGACAUUAGUCCUUACAAGUUCCGGAAACUCGCAGGACAGAAAAAAUGGGUUCAUGUGGCACCGUUACCAGACACCUACAGAGGCAUGUAUAGAGAAGAUCAUCCCAACCCAGGCCAAGCCUACGCUGAUAAAGUUAAAGACCUGAUAGAUGAGGUGCACGGGAAAGGCCGCAAGAUCUCUGCAUUCUUUGCUGAAUCAUUGCCCAGUGUUGGAGGACAAAUCAUCCUACCUGAAGGAUACUCAGCAAAAGUUGCAGAGUAUGUGCGCGCUGCUGGCGGUGUCUUUGUUGCAGAUGAGGUGCAGACUGGCUUUGGACGUGUGGGGAGUCACUUUUGGGCUUUUCAGCUUCAGGGGGAAGGUUUCUGUCCUGACAUUGUGACGAUGGGCAAACCGAUGGGCAACGGGCAUCCGCUGUCAUGUGUGGCAACCACUGCAGAGAUAGCAGGAGCUUUCACAGCCAAUGGUGUGGAGUACUUCAACACGUUUGGAGGGAAUCCAGUGUCCUGUGCAAUCGGCCUGGCAGUCCUUGAUGUGAUAGAGGAAGAGGACCUAAGAGGGAAUGCCACCAGAGUGGGCGCACACCUCAAAGACUUGCUGACAAAACUACAAGCGCGGCAUGAAAUAAUUGGAGACGUUCGAGGCGCUGGACUGUUUGUGGGAAUCGAGCUGGUUUCAGACCGAGAAAAAAGAACACCGGCCACCAAAACAGCAGCAUGGGUGGUGAAAAGGCUGAAGAUGGAUCAUCAAAUCUGUGUCAGUACGGAUGGACCCUGGGAAAGUGUGCUGAAGUUUAAGCCUCCGAUGUGUUUCAGCCUGGAGGAUGCAGAACUGGUGGUGCAGUGCAUCGACCGCAUACUUACAGACAUGACAGCCAAUGAUCUCAGACUGGAAAAGGAAGACAUCUAAGGUUUGUUAAACCUGUAGAAAACCUUUAAUUGCAUCAGACAUUGUCAGGUGGUCACAUUCAUCAAGUUCAGAGGUAGAGAUACGAGUUCUUGAGGCUUCAGUCGAUCAAACAGGUUCACGCCACUCAGCAGAACGUGUUGUCUCUGUCCAGUCAGUACUGAUCACUGCUUAUCAGAAGGGUAAAAGCUGUAGGUUGAUUUUUUAAAAUCUCAUCCAUCUAGAUUUAAUUUAGAGACAAAGUGGUGACAGUGAGUUUUUGAUAAUCCUGAAACAUCCCAACUACUGUUUACAACCUGAAAGAGAAAUGUCAUUUUGUUUCUACCCCCCCCCAUGUGUGCCAGAUUAGAUCAAGUUGGAAGAUACCGUCACCUCUCCGAUGAUUACCAGCCAAUCGAGUGUCAACAUUUCAGCUGAAUCCAGCUGCAUCCCCUUGAUCUCAGCGAAAUCAGACUAUAGAAUGCUAAUUGACCCUCACACUGUUAUACCAAAGAUCUAAUAAACUG